UGAGAUGAGAGACGAAGGGCGGGACUUCCUGUUGGUGACGCAGUUGGCGAAGUGGAAGCCCCGCCGUCAAUCAAAUUAGGAAAAAAACAAACUGGACUAAAGCGAGCGCAGGCACCGAUUAAAAUAAUCAUGCUCGGAGUGUAAUUAAACGCAGACAUCAGUCUUCUUUAAAGAACUCACGUAAUGACCGCGCCUGAAGGGCCAGUGAAAGCGGGAGUCAUGGCGGACAGCAGCAGCGUUCAGGACGGCGGCGGCGCGGAUCAGGACGGACAGCCCUCGCCGCUCGCCCUGCUCGCCGCCACUUGCACCGGCCUCGGUUCGCCCGCCCCCGGAGCAGAGAACGGGGCAAACUCGAAUAAUGCUGCUGGGGUGAAUGCAGACCUCUCAGUGCAGUUAACAGGGUCGUCUGAAAGGUGGGAGGCGGUAAAGGACGACUCGGGCGUCCUGCAUCUCCCUGGCACGGGUAUCGUCACAUCCAACGGACAGUAUGUUCUUCCUCUCCAGAGCCUCCAGGGUCUCCAGAGCCAGCCCAUCUUACUCACGUCAGGGACCGACACGUCUGCCGGCGCAGUGCCUAACAUCCAAUACCAAGUCAUCCCUCAGGUGCAGACGGCCGACGGGCAGCUGGGUUUCUCUGCCUCUGCCGUCGAGGGAGCCUCAAUGGCGCAGGACGCCGCAGGGCAGAUCCAGAUUCUCCCAGACGGCACCCAGACCAUCAGCGUCACGGGGACGACGGCAGCCGACGUUAUCCGCAACAGUCAGCACCUCAUGACCCAGUCUGGCCAAGUGCACCAGAUGUCUCUGGGAAGCUCCGCCUUCAGCAGUCAGGGUCAGGUGGUCACUAACGUGCCUCUGGGUUUGCCUGGUAACAUUACCUUUGUGCCCAUAAACAGCGUGGAUCUGGACUCUCUCGGGCUCUCGGGGGCCCAGCCAAUAGCCACCGGCGUCACGGCUGACGGACAGCUGAUCAUGACCAAUCAGAGCGUGGAGAACUCUGAAGGCUCGGAGAAAGCAGGGGAACAGCAGCAGACGCUCAACUCUAAUGCAGACAUGUUUGUGCCUACCACAUCUUCAGCAUCCUCCUCGUCCUCACAGCAGCAGGCCAGCACGAUAGACGGCACGGGAGUGUUGACGCAGCCUGUGGCGGGAGAGCAGGGAGACGGGUCGGGCUACCUCAGUCAGGGCACGGUGCAGGUGUCGGGAGGACAGCAGGUCAUCCAGUUACAGCAGCUGCCCAUGCAGACCGGUGAGGGUCAGGUGUCUGCACAGGCCCAGCAGUCUCUGCAGAACAUCCAGCUCAUCAACCCAGGAACAUUCCUCAUCCAGGCCCAAACCGUCACACCGUCGGGACAGAUACAGUGGCAGACCUUCCAGGUGCAAGGAGUUCAGAACCUCCAGAACCUUCAGCUCCAGACAGCUCCAACUCAGCAGAUCACUCUUGCCCCGGUGCAAACACUGUCUCUGGGUCAGGGCGGUACACCAGUCAGCCUGACCUCAGGACAGAUGCCUAACCUGCAGUCGGUGACGGUUAACACUGUGGGCCAGGCAGGCAUUCAGUUCCAGCAGUCCGAGGACACAGACAGCACUGGAGAUAUUCAGAUUAAGGAGGAGCCUGAUUCGGAGGAGUGGCCUCUGGACAGUAGCUCUACGCUGAAUGCCAAUGACCUCUCUCACCUUCGUGUUCGUUUAGUGGAGGAGGAGAUGGAGGGAUUGAGCCAGGAGGGCAAACGUCUGCGCAGGGUCGCAUGCACCUGCCCCAACUGCAAAGAGGGAGGUGGGAGGGGAUCUAACAUGGGCAAGAAGAAACAGCAUGUGUGCCAUAUAGCUGGCUGCGGGAAGGUUUACGGGAAGACGUCUCACUUGCGAGCUCACCUGCGCUGGCACUCGGGAGAGAGACCCUUUGUCUGCACCUGGAUGUUUUGUGGGAAGAGGUUCACGCGCAGUGAUGAAUUACAGCGACAUAGGAGAACACACACUGGAGAGAAGAAGUUUGUGUGUUCAGAGUGUUCGAAGAGAUUCAUGCGCAGCGAUCACCUGGCCAAGCACAUAAAGACGCAUCAGAACAAGAAGGGAGGCGGCGGAGCCGUGGUGGCAAGCGUGGGCGGGGCCAUGUCCUCGGACAGCAUCAUCACGGCGGGCGGGACCACACUUAUCCUCACCAACAUCCAGCCCGGCACCAUGCAGGGCCUCGCCACCGUCAACGCGACUGUCAACACCUCUAGCUCACAGGACCAGCUGACCACAGCCGAGAUCCCUCUGCAGUUAGUCUCCGUGUCCGCCGGGGACGUGGCCGAGUGACCAUGUGAUGGCUGCGGAGACGACCCGUGAAGAGUCUUACAGGAAGAACGUUCUGCCAAGGUUCCGCCUCUUCCUGUACGACAUCACGUCCUCUUCUCCCGCAACCUCAGACUUCAUUUUGACUACGUCGAUUCCACGCUCGCGCAUAUACCUUGCUUUUAUACCUUUACAUAUUUACCCUCCUUUACGUAAAUAUGUACAUUUACGUGAAUGCAUAUAUACACACACACAUAUAUAUAUAUUUUACAAAUAUAGAAUUAUUGGGGGAUUUGUUCAUCUUUUUAUGGGGGAAGCAUUAUUUCUUGUUUUCACAUACAACACUGAAAUGCCUUAUAUUGUAUUAUAAGCUGUCGUGUACAAAGGCCGAGUUGUUCAUGGGUGUCAAGCAUCUGUUUCAGUGUGUACUUGUUGGAAUGGGUAUAAUCGUGUUGUAUAAAGAAUGCAGCGCUGGUGACAAACGGGUGGCUGAUGUUAAAGGAACCGUUUAGCCAAAAGUGAAAAUUCUCACAUUAUUUCUUCCCCCUCCAUUAUGUCAUUCCAAACAUGUUUGCUUUCUCUGGGAAAGAACUGUUUUUGAAGAAUCUUUACACACAACAACAGUUAAAGGGUUAGAAAAUGAAAAAUGAAAUUCUGUCAUUAAUUACUCCCCCUUAUGUCGUUCCACACCCGUAAGACCUUCAUUCAUCUUCACAACACACAUUAAGAUAUUUUUGAUGAAAGCCGAGAGGUAUGUGACUCCAUCAUAGACAGCAAUAUAAUCAACACUUUUAAGGCCCAGAAAGGUACUAAAGACAUCAUUAAAAUAGUCCAUGUGACUGCAGUGGUUCAACCUUAAUGUUAUGAAGCGACGAGAAUACUUUUUGUGCGCAAAAACAAAAAUAACGACUUUAUUCAACAAUAUCUUCUCUUCUGUGUCAGUCUCUUACGCUGUUUACGUUCAGCGCUUCCAGGUUCUAUGUCAGAAUGCCGACUCAUUAUUGGCCGGCUCCUGCGUCAGCAUCACAUGCAUGUGUCGUGCUGCUCACGUGAACAGCGUCAGCCAAUAGUGAGUAGAUGACGUAGAACCUGGAAGCGCUGCACUGUUUACAACGUGAACAGCGUAGGAGAAUGACAUGGAAGAGAAUAAAUUGUUGAAUAAAGUUAUUUUUGUUUUUGCACACAGAAAGUAUUCCCAUCGCUUCAUAACUUUAAGGUUGAACCACUGUAGUCACAUGGACUAUUUUAACGAUGUCUUUAGUACCUUUGUGAGCCUCGAAAGGUGCAAUGACGUUGCUGCCUAUGUGUGGUUCAAAAAUAUCUUAAUUUGUGUUCUGAAGAUGAACGAAGGUCUUACGGGUGUAGAACAACAUAAGGGUGAGUAAUUAAUGACAGAAAUUUAAUUUUUGGGUAAACCAACCCUUUAAUCUCCAGAAGGGAUAAAUUCUCCAUAAAAACAGCCAGUUUAUGACUCAAGCACUUUAUUCAAAAUAAUCUGAAAUCAUAUUGUGUGAGAAAUGGACCAAAAGUUAAGUUGUUGUUCAGUGAAAAUCCCAUCUGCCACAGCUUGUUUACCGUUUGCCCUGUAACGUUAAGUGACUAUAUAUGAGAACCUGAUGUCAGUGACGUUGACUCUGCAUUUUUGAAUGUGGUCGUGAGCUUUGGGUGGAUGGGAAGUUGCAAAUCUGUUCCUCACACAAAGUUCCAGAAGAUUGGGAAUGCGGCGUCGUAGGUUUGAACUGCUUUUCAGGAAGUGGGGGAGUAAGUAAUGGCAGAAUUUCCAUUUGCGGGCGAGCUCUUUCUUUCAUUGUAAUUCUAGGUCGUAAGUGAUAUUCGUGGUGUAAGUUCUCCAUACAAGGAGGAAGAUGUAUAACAGAGAACUUUAGAAAGAAGCCUGCCAUUUUGCUGUUGGGAGUCAUGAAGGUGUCCAAUAGUGUCUUUAAAUGUGUCUGAUGCUCCUCAUGAAAAUGCAUUUGUUUUCUUUUAUGUGAUUUUAUUUUGUGUAGGUAAACCCAGGCCCAACAAAUGGGGCAAAUAUGAAACAAUCAUGUAAUUAAAAGCAUUUUAUGUACCAUAAUUCUCAAACCUCUUGGAGUUGAUCAGAUCUUUCAAUAUGAAUUUGUUGUGAAUGAAGUCUUUUUUGAGCAAAAAGAUAUUUAUAUACAUUGUAAUCUGGAUUUGUGGUGCUUUUCUAAGGAAAAACUCCCUUCGGCUUUACUUUUUUAAAGGACUGGACUGUAAUCAGCAUCAAGAAUCAUUUGUAUGAAAUGAAUCAGUUUGUAGUUUGCCAAAAUGAAUUCGCACUCUUUGAUAAAAUAGAGACAAAAAAUGUUCGUUUAUGUCUGAUGGUUUGCAGCAUUAAUAUGUACAACUGUGUUUCAGGACCAAAAGAGCCGCUCACGGUCUCUGGUGUCGCUCUAGCAGUGCUGUGUCAAAAUCACAGCCUAUAGGGACGUGUUAGCCAAUGUUAAACAACCAAAAGCUUUGCGGGACAAUUUCUGUUCACGGUGAUUAUCCACGUAGGUUUUGAGCUCCUUCUCCUCCAUUUGCUUACCGUAGCCGUGAGUCUCAGACGCCUUUAUUCAAAGGGAGGGAUUGUCCUCGUAAGACUUUGAUAAUGAACAUUUUGUAGGAGUUUUUUUGUUUUUUUCAUACACAGCAGGUCAUCAGUCAGGACGCACUCAUUUGCAGUCGGUCCAUGUACAAGUAUGGCUUUGUUUUCACGUGGUACUGUACAAUUAUUCUCGGUUUAUGUUUUUAUUCCUUCAACUAAUCAUGAUUGUCUCUUUAUCUGCCGAUUCUGAGUACCAUUGCCAAUUUUUGUGUUGGGGAUUUUAUACCCUCCCGUAGCCAAGUUUGUUAUGAACAGUUUGGAAAGGUCCAGAAUGAAACACUAUUUUGUUUUCUGAGUUGAUAAGGGUUGUUCUUCUGUCACAGUGAUCCAGAAUUGCAUUAUUUUAGUCUUUUAGUUUGUGAAGUCUAAUUUGAUUUUGUUCAUUAUAAAUAGCAUCUUAACAUGUCACUUUUAUUUUAUUUUUUAUUUGGUCGUUUUUCCAAGAAAGCUUCGGACUAUUGUACAAUGCCCACUUUUGAGGGCAGCUGUUUAUUUCACACUAAAAUGACUAAACAUAA